AUGUAUAGCUGGUAUCAGCAAGCAGGAAUCUGCUACGCCUACCUGUCCGAUUUGCACGUUGAUGCUUCAUUAUCGCCUGAACCAGAUCAUCCAAAACGCUUUAUUGAGAGUAAGUGGUUCACAAGAGGAUGGACAUUGCAGGAACUUCUCGCUCCAGACAAAGUGACGUUCUAUGACGCCGAAUGGAAUGAGAUUGGCAACAAAGAAAUCCUGGAGGACGCAAUUUCGUUGGCUACUGGUAUAGAACGACGGUGUCUGAACAAGAAGGGCGUACCUGGGUCGGCUGCCAGAAAUCUCUGGAUGACCGAGGAAAGCGUCGCGACUCGAAUGUCAUGGGCUUCGUCUAGAGAAACUUCUAGGGUCGAAGAUAUGGCGUACUGUCUCCUCGGGCUCUUUGAUGUCAAUAUGCCGCUUUUGUACGGUGAAGGAGAGAAAGCGUUCGUGAGGCUCCAACAUGAGAUAAUACGUGGGUCCGACGACGAGUCCAUCUUCGCGUGGACAUGGGCUCCUUUUGGGCUUAGGAGAAGCGGCAUAUUGGCUCCUCAUCCAUCGGCCUUUAAACAAUCUGCCAACAUCGUAACAUGCCCUCGGUCUUUCUAUCUUACGCCCAACUCGUUUCACGAGAUGACGAACAAAGGUCUACGGAUCCAGUUGCCAGUGGUCGAGGAGAAGAAGUCAAUUUUGAAUGAUAACGACUCACAAGGAUCAAAAUCUGCUCUUAAGUCGUUCAAGGUGGCACUUGCAUGUCGCAGAGAUACUGAUGCAAAUGCGAGACUCUGUAUCUACCUGGAGCAAGAAGGGAACACUCCAUGUUUUCGGGUCAAGCCUGACGCUCUUGAUAAGUUUGAGGGAAAGAGUGUCAGCCUCCGAGAUUUCUACAUCACCUCGAAAAUAACAAUCCAGCCAAUGGAGCAUUUUCGUUCCAGAGUUUCUAGUUCAGAUCCACCGAAGAACGAUAUCAAGGUCAUCCUCACACCUAAUGCAAAAGCGGAAUUCCCAGACAUAUACGACCUCUCAGAGGAUUCGCCAUCCUUGCAGUCCAAUGAUUCGCAGACGCUGCUAUCUCCCUCCCCUUCCCCUUCAUUGACAGUAUACAACGGCCUAGAGCGACGCGUUGGCCUGGACAACCUGAAGGGCACACAGAUCUUGAUCGAUUGGACUCAAUGGCCCGAUUCAGAUUUCGGACUUCCAUUUCGUAUCUGCAAAUUGAAAAAGUCAGGGACGUUUGAUAAGGGAAUGCCGGAACAGGAUGACCUUGAGACGCUUGCCAAUCUGACGGCUACUCAAUUACAUACGUUCCUACAUCCCUUGGGUGAGGAUCGAAAAUUGCAGGUGAAGAUCAGACGGGAAUUAUCGUUCAGAGGCGCAUGCCUCGCUUUAGUGCUGGAUAUCGAUGUCACGAAGAUGUUUCACAGUCACAUAUUCGAUACCGGCUACACUGUAUGA